AUGUCUGCCUACAAAAACAUCGCUGUCGCUGGUGCCGCAGGUGAUCUCGGCUCCGCAGUCUUCAAGGCCCUCAUCGACUCCAACAAAUUUAACCUCACAGUCCUAACCCGCGCCGGCUCAACCUCCAAAUUCCCCGCCGACAUCAAAGUCAUCCAAGUCGACUACGAGUCCCUCGACUCUCUCACAUCCGCCCUCCAAGGCCAAGAUGCCGUCGUCUCAACCCUCGCCAGUCUCGCCAUCCCCAGCCAAUCACUCCUUAUCGACGCCGCAGUAGCCGCUGGUGUCAAGCGCUUCCUCCCUUCUGAGUUUGGCUCCAACCUUGCCAUCCCCAGCGUUCGCAAGCUUCCUGUCUUCAAGACAAAGGUUGAUAUCGAGGAUAAGCUUACUGCUCUUGCGAAUGAGGGCAAGAUUAGCUAUACUUUUGUUUAUAACUCUGGUUUCCUCGACUGGGGCCUGAGCCACGGCUUGUACCUUGAUUUUAAGAAGGCAGAGAUCACACUCUGGGAUGGCGGCAACACUGAGUUCAGCACAACCACUCUCGCCAGCGUGGGCCAAGCUGUCGUCGGUGUUCUGACACAUCCUGCCGAGACAAAAGAUCGCGUUGUUUAUAUCCAGGAUACCGUCGUCUCUCAGAAGAAGCUCCUCGACAUUGCCAAGGAGCUCAACCCCAGCAAGCAGUGGACGGUCAAGGAGGCCAAGAUAGACGAUGCUACUGCUGCUUCUGAUGCAAACGUCGCAAAGGGUAUCUUUGACUGGCCUACCCUUGCUGCUUACCUUUACAGGGCUAUCUUUGACCCCACUAGUGUUCCCAAGUUCCCCAAGCUUGAUAAUGAGCUACUUGGUGUCAAGGGUGUCACCGAUGAGCAACUCAAGGAACUUAUCAAGUCUUUUGUUCAGUAG